UCCUGAACUGUAGGGGGUGUGGCAUGCAUGACAAGUCAACAUCAAUGACCCAGUGGAAGCUUAUAAAAUAACGGGUGAAGCUGGUCACAAAGACAGGCACCUCAGUUUUGGUGUUUCUGCAUGUGGGAACUGCCUUCGUCUUGAUUUUUUAAAAAGGCUCCCUCUGCAUCUGCCAGCCCCAAGAUGGUCACAAUGCUGUUGCUGCUUUCUGCGCUUCUGGGCCUCUUCUCUGCGGCUGAAGGACAAACGUUCCAUCUUGGGAAAUGUCCGACUCCUCCAGUGCAGGAGAACUUUGACGUGUAUAAGUAUCUUGGAAGAUGGUACGAAAUUGAGAAGAUCCCAGUGAGCUUUGAGAAAGGAAACUGCAUCCAAGCCAACUACUCACUAAUGGAAAACGGAAAAAUCAAAGUGCUAAACCAGGAGUUAAGAAAUGAUGGAACCGUGAAUCAAAUUGAAGGUGAAGCCACCCAGAUCAACAUCACAGAGCCUGCAAAACUGGGAGUUAAGUUUUACCAGUUGAUGCCAUCAUCACCGUACUGGGUCCUGGCCACCGACUACGAGAACUACGCCCUGGUGUACUCCUGUACCACCAUCAUCUGGCUUUUUCACAUGGAUCAUGUUUGGAUCUUGGGAAGAAACCCUUAUCUCCCCCAAGAAACUGUGACCUAUCUAAAAAAUAUCCUGACUUCUAAUAACAUCAACAUUGAGAAAAUGACGAAGACAGAUCAGGUGAACUGCCCCGAGUUCCUGUGAGGAGGCUCCCAAGGGAAGCUGCGUGUAUCCCGGGUUACUUCUUUGGCUUUGCUUUCCCCCAUCCCUCCCCACCCCUCCCCUCAUAAAGACAAAACAACCAUCCAUGACAAGUCACUGCAAAUACCAGAAGGGAAGUUUAACUGCAGAAACCAAUGGAAAGAAACUCAUGGAAAGCUGGUCCAAGCACUGCCAUGCCCCACCCUGUCGCCUUGCUAGCCCAAUAAUAAACUUGUUGCUGAGCCACUGUGCUUACAGUGGAUUCUGAA